AUGUCGGUCGAAAGGCCGGGGGAGAUCAGCGGAGGUCGCGUGCGAGACCUCACUGGUCGCUGGAUUCACUCCUCUGUUCAUGCUUUUCCCUCACGUAUCCAGUCUUCGGUGGGGCUUCCCUCUUUCGGGUACAGUCAAAUCUGUCUUUCCCGUGCACUAUCAUUAAUCUUUCUUCCCAGUCUUCUACUUUCUAUCUAUCUCUCUCUCUCUCUCUCUCUCUUCUCUCUCUCUCUCUCUCUCUCUCUCUCUUGUUGCUACUCUUCUCUUGUUUUACCUCUCUUUUCUCUUUCCUCUUUCUCAAUCCUGUCUUUUCUCUCUCAUAUCCUUCUCUCAUCCUCAUUACUCUCUCUCUCUCCCUCUUUCCUCAUGUCACGUAGCUCUCUCUCCUCCUGGGGCUCCGUCUGAUAACCGUGGUUCUCUGGCUUGUUUUACUCUUGUCACUUUUCUCUUCAUCCAUCCUACGUCUUUCGCUCUAUCUCCUAUCUCUAACCUGGCGCCUUCACUCGCCCCUGUGCCUUCCCUCAAUGUCACCGAGUCAGUCAACAUAUCAUGGGCCGGGGCGGCUGGCGGCGAGCCCGGUUACAGUGAGGUGGAGAUGGUCCUCCUAGGCAUGUUGAUGUCACUGCUGGUCGUAGGCAUCGUUUUUGGCAACAUCCUGGUCAUCAUAGCCAUCUACCGGUUCCAGAGACUCCAGAAUAUCACCAACUGCUUCAUCACCUCUCUGGCCUGUGCCGACCUGGUCAUGGGUCUCAUCGUGGUGCCGUUCGGCGCCUGCUACAUCAUCUUCAACACCUGGCACUUCGGCAGCUUCUGGUGUGAGUUCUGGACCGCCACGGACGUGUUGUGUGUGACGGCCAGCAUCGAGACGCUCUGCGUGAUAGCGCUGGACCGGUACCUGGCCAUAACCUCUCCGUUCCGCUACCAGUCUCUGCUGACCAAGGGUAAGGCGCGCGUGGUGGUCCUGCUGGUGUGGGUGAUCGCUGGACUCAUCUCCUUCUUGCCCAUCCACAUGAAGUGGUGGAUCAGUGACGACGCGGAGGCACAGGCCUGCAUCCAGAACAGCAACUGCUGUGACUUCAACACCAAUACAGCCUACGCCAUCACCUCCUCCACAUCUCCUUCUACAUCCCCUUAGUCGUCAUGGUGUUUGUCUACUGCCGCGUGUUCCAGGAGGCCAAGCAACAACUACGCAAGAUCGACCGCAGCGAGGGCCGCUUCCACGCCCAUAACAACAACAUGGGAGGAGGAGGAGGGGUGGAGAGUAACAACGAGAGCCGAGGAGUUGGAGGAGGCUUCAAGAAGACCAAGUUCUGCCUGCGGGAACACAAGGCCCUGAAGACAUUGGGGAUCAUCAUGGGGAUCUUCACGCUGUGCUGGCUGCCCUUCUUCCUCCUCAAUGUGGUGGUAGCCAUCUGGAAGGUAGGGGACAUCGGACUCGCCUUCAGGAUACUCAACUGGAUAGGUUACGCCAACUCCGCCUUCAACCCCUUGAUCUACUGCAGGAGCCCUGAGUUCAGAUACGCAUUCAAGGAGAUCCUGUGCAUCAAGAAGGUCCGGUUCCCCAAUCUAGGGCCUACUAAUGGAUACGUGUACAGCGGGCACAGCUGGCAGAGUGAGCAGCAGGGAGGGAGGAGUAAGGGGAGCUCGGAGGACUGUGACCCAGCUGCAGACGGGAGCUCUGGGAGGGGAGAGGUGGGUGGGGGUGGAGCUGCAGAUGGAACGGACCCGAACGGGAACUGCAGUAAAGGGUUAACGACUGUACUUUAA